AUGCCAGCAAUCACCGCCGAGUGGGCGAUCCAACUGCCGCAAGAAUUCGACGGACCUGUCGGCCCCACCGGCGCCAAGCUCCCCACCCAUUCGACUGCAACCUUCCCCGCUCGAUCGGCAGGACUGUCUGAUGUCGCAGAUGCGAUCGAUGAAGCCAGACAAGCCCUUAAUGCCAUAACGACGCAGUGGAAAGACUUGAUUGGCAAAGAAGAAGAAAAGCUAAAAGUGCAACGAACAGCCUCCGCAGCAGGAGCUUCCGCCUUAGUAAAGGCGAGCGGAGACGCCUCUGACGAAGAGGAGGAGGCGGGUGAACAAGAGGAAACCGAUGCUUGA